GACGCUUCUCGCGUCGUGCUGGCAACAAGUUGGAAGCGAGGAGCUGCAAUUGAAAUGUGUCAUGGCGGCCGCCGAGGAAGGGGACGCGACCGGGGAAUCAGCAGUGGUGGAACGCGGGCCGGGGGCGCUUUAUCACAUGUUUGUCAUGAUGGAGGAUCUGCUGGAGAAGUUGAAACUACUUAACUACGAGGAAGACGCGGCGUUGCGGAGCCACAACAUGAGACCCCCUUCCCGGCAUUAUUUUGCAUUACCUAUUAACCCGGGUGAACAGUUCUACAUGUUUUGUACCCUUGCUGCUUGGCUGAUUAACAAGGCAGGGCAUCCUUUUGAACAACCACAGGAAUAUGAUGACCCAAAUGCAACAAUAUCUAACAUACUAGCAGAGCUGCGGUCCUUUGGAAGAACUGUAGAUUUUCCUCCCUCAAAGUUAAAGACCGGUUAUGGAGAACAAGCUUGCUAUGUUCUUGAUUGUUUGGCAGAAGAAGCCUUGAAAUACACAUCCUUUAGCUGGAAAAGGCCUACAUAUCCUACUGAGGAGCUAGAAGAAGAAGCAAUAACAGAAGAUGAUGCUGAAUUAACCCUUAAUAAAAUAGAAGAAAUAAUUGCGGAAGAAGAGACAGACAAUGAGGAAAAUUAUAUUGAUCUGAAUGUUUUAAAGGCACAAACUUACAAAUCAGACAUGCUUGAGCCUAAACAGGAAGAGAUUUUAGAAUCUAAAGUAGAUGCAGCUGAGUGGAAUCUUGAAGUGGAACGUGUUCUUCCUCAGUUGAAAGUUACAAUCAGAACAGAUAAUAAGGAUUGGCGAAUCCACGUGGAUCAAAUGCAUCAGCACCAAGAUGGAAUUGAAUCAGCUUUAAAAGAUACCCGUGGCUAUCUUGACAAGCUUCAUAAUGAAAUCAGCAGAACUCUGGAAAAGGUUAGCAGUAGAGAAAAGUAUAUUAACAAUCAGCUGGAGCAUUUGGUUCAAGAAUAUCGUUCUGCGCAGGCACUUUUGAGUGAGGCCAAAGAGAAAUAUCAGCAAGGAAGUGGUGGUGUGACAGAGAGGACAAGAGUUCUGUCUGAGAUUACUGAAGAAUUAGAGAAAGUAAAACAAGAAAUGGAAGAAAAGGGAAGCAGUAUGACUGAUGGAGCUCCAUUAGUGAAGAUAAAACAGGCUUUAACCAAACUGAAACAAGAAACCAUUCAGAUGGACAUACGAAUUGGCGUAGUGGAACACACAUUACUUCAAUCAAAGUUGAAAGAAAAGUCAAAUAUGACAAGAGACAUGCAUGCUACCAUAAUUCCAGAUUCUUCAAUUGUUGGUACCUAUUAAUUUUUAAAAUAAAUGCCAUGCUAAUAAAAAUUUGUACAUAAUAUAUUUUUGCAUUUAUGUAUGCCAUGCUGCAAAUCUAUUGCUGUGAUAAACACAAAGAUUUAUGUUUUACAAUCAAGAUUUAUUGUGUGUGUGUUUUUGUAUGUAUGUGUAUCUGGACAUGUAGAGAGAGAGAAUACUUUAACAAGUGUAUAAUAUUUAAAAAGUUUUGGAUUGCAUUGCAUUCAAAGGAAAAAACUAUUCAAAAGCAAAAUCCUAUACAAAAAUAAAUUGUUGCAAAACAUCUAACUGUAAACACUAGCCUUCCUUUUUUAAGACAAUGAGCCAUCACAACUUUAUGGACUGUAUUAGACUCUAUCAGAGCUAUCUGUCUCAUCCAGAUUGUACUUUGCUGUUUUUGAGCUAGGAAAUUACUAGAAAACUAAUUUCGCUCAAGAACUACCUUGUUAGGUUACAUUGCAUUAUAGUCUAUAUCCAUAAUCUUAAUGGAUUUAAGUAGGAUUCUAACCUAUUUAUAUAAUAUGUUAGAUUUUUAGGUCAGUUUGUAAUUGAAUAUUACAUUUGCAUACCAAUGCCUUUCAGGAUUGUGGGGUCCUUAGUGCUCUCUGAACUUGUUUUCUUGCAGAUGUUUCAUUGCCAAACUAGAUAACAUCAUCAAUGCUAGUAGGGUGUGGGUUUUGCUCUCAUUUUAUAUACUAGUGGCUUGUCCUAUCAGUCUUGGUGGGAGUGGUUUGGUGGUCACUUGGUGGCCCUAGUGUGUGUGUGUGUGUGUGUGUGUGUGUGUGUGUGUGUGUGUGUGUGUGUAUAUAUAAAAAUCUGUUGAUCUGGGUGCAAGUUCCAUCCCAAUUGACAGGUUGUACUUUGUUUUGUUAGAAUUGCUAGUUCUAUGAGAGGAAAAUCCAUCUGGCUAUAUGAUAGGGUAUAGGAGGGUUGCAAGAUAAACAGGAGGGAGCAUAGGGAAUCCCAAGCUGUGCCUCAUAAAUGGAGAAUGAUUGAUGAUUGUUUUUUCUGCCAGCUGGUGACACUGGCUCAGAGAAAAAAGAAGUUGAAUAACCCACCAAUUAGUGCCUUGAAGCUGUCCUUCAUUAAAUCUGUAGUGACAGAAUCUCUGAUCUCCAUAACUGAUGCCCUUUAAAUCAGCUAUGGUGGCAGUAAAAAUUACAUCAACAUACUUUUCUGUUUACUCAAACUUGGGGGAAUUCCUAUUCACGUAACCAUAAGGAAGUACAUCUGGUAAUCAAGCAAUAAUUAAUAUACUCAGUUAUACAGUAACUCUGUUUCAGUUGUCUGCUAUCACCUCCCCCAUCCUAUUCUUCUUACUGAGGUGUGUUUCUUCAAUGCCAGAAAAUAUUUAAACAUUACUUUCUCUUUUCACUGGGUAAUUUGAAAUUUUCCCUAGUCGCACAGUUUCUGUAAGAAUAGAUAAGUUGUCAUUCUGGGAGUAGAAGAGUGGUAUCGUUCUAAGAUUUUUGUUUUGUUUUUUAUUAGCUUCUCCAAGCCAGUUAUCUGGGCUCAAGGAAGUAAAUUUGUUCUCUGAGACUCAAGAGUUUAGUAGGAGGCAGGUCUAUAAGAGCAGAUCUUGAAACAUGGACAUAGAAGAAAAGAAAAGAAAAGAAACUAGAGUGGGAGUGGGACAGCUGCAGGAAGAAAAAGUAUUGGUCUUAUAGGUAAAAGUAUUAAGACAAUUGAAUCUAGAUGUAAAGAAAGAACGAUGUGGAAGCUGCUUGGAACAGAAUGAAAAUAUGUGGUUAUUCACAUGAACCAUGAAAAGGACUUCUGUGAAUGAUGAAGUGAAAAAGGGAAUCAGUGGAUGAGAAAAAUGUAAGAGGAUAGUUGCUGGAAAAAAUGAGGAUGAAAUAGAUUGUACAAUGUAUUUUAAAAGAAAAAUAGUAGAGAGAUGAACAGAGCUCAACAAGGAGACUCCAGCAGAGAAAAUGCAUUUAAAAAUAAAAAAAUGGUUUAGAAUAAAACUGAAAUUUGAGUUUACUUCAAGAAGUAUUUUAGAAAUUUCUCCUGUAGGGAUGAUGAUGUUAAGCUAAAGAGUGGAAAGAAAGAAAUGUUGUACAUGGGAGUAUCCAAGGAAAAAGGAAAUCAUAAAUGCUAUGAGAACGUUGAAAAAUAGUAAGGAACCAGGUAUAAAUUAUAUAAUUGUUUAUGCAAUUAUUUUAUCGUGUAUAUGAAAAUUGUAACUGCGAUAAUUGGAAUAAUAACUUUAUUUUUCCCAUAUAAAUUAAAAAAAGAAGCAAGAGUGAAUACAAAAACUAAUGGAACAUUAGCUUAUUAAUUGUCCUCAAGAAUGUUUUGCAGAAUUAUGAUUAAAAGAAAUGAUUGUGAGUAAAAAUGUAAAUAAUGCUGGGCAGUUUAUUGCAGGUACAGAAUAUACAGAGCAAUUUUUUUCUUUAACAAUUUUAAAAUAUACAAAAACUUAUAUGUGUAAUAAAUUUUGUAUGAGAAAUUGUGUGAUAAAAUAAACUUCAAUUAUGGAA